GGAACAUUAAUGACACUACAAUCUGUAGUAGAGGACUCUAGUACCCUUUUAAUUUAUAAUACUAAAGAGCAAAUGGCUACAGGACAUGCCUUCCUCCCAUUGACGUAGUCAACAACGUUCUGGCAAUCCGACUGUACCUGACAAUCUGUUAGGCCCAAGCCGAGAGCAGCUUGAAGACCUCCGAGACAAGCCCUUGUCUCUGUAUCUUCAGCUGAUAGAGCAUAGAAGGUCGACGAUCCCGACGCAAUGAACCGGCCUUGGUGAGUAAUUAUAUCCCACGCAAUGAACCGGUCUAGGAGUUUUUGUAGGUUCUCAGCUGGGUUUCCGGAAAAUUGUUGAAAAUGGCAUCGGCGGGGCCAGUAGCGGCGGCGGCGGCGGUGGAGGUUUGAUCAGUGAGGUGGCGAUCAACUGUGGCUCUGUUGCCAACUCAACUUCAGCUGAUGGCCGUGAAUGGGUCGGUGAAUCAGCCCUGCAGGAAUUCGUAUCAGGCGACUCGAGAAGCUCUGUAAGUGCCGGAACUUCUUUCCCUGGCGCCGCCCCUGAUGAUGUUCCUUAUAAGACUUCAAGAAUUUCCGGCAGUAAGUUCAAAUAUACAUUUGCAGUCAUCCCAGGUCAGAAAAUCAUCCGGUUACAUUUUUAUCCUGCUUCCUACCAUGGUUUUGAGAAAUCAAUAGACUAUUUCAGUGUUAAAGCUGGUCCAUUUACCCUCCUUAGAGACUAUAGUGCUUCAAUUGCUGCCCGUACUUUUGGUGUAAAUUACAUUGUUAAAGAAUUCUGUUUGAACGUAGAUGAAGAACAUCAAGAAUUGACUAUUACGUUUUCCCCUUCUUUGAUUGAGAAGCCAAAGAAGGGGAAAACAUAUGCUUUUGUGAAUGGUAUUGAGAUCAUCUCCAUACCAACUGGUCUGUAUUAUACUCCUGAGCACGAGUUAGGAGUCCGAAUUGUUGGCCUAAGAAAUCGAUUUUACCUUAUCGAUAAUAGCACUGCUCUUGAAUUGAUACAUAGGUUAAAUAUUGGAGGGAACUCUAUAAACUCAAUUGAGGAUUUAGGAAUGUAUCGCCAGUGGAAUGAGGAUUCUAGUUACUUGCUAGAACCUAGAGCUCGUCAAGUGCGUAAUCUGGUACUUCCGGUUAAGUCUAAAACCAUUCAAGCAUUUCUUGCACCUUCGAAGAUUUACCACACAUCCUGGAAAAUAGACACGGAUGUGAGCCAGAUGGAUCAUAAUUUCACGUGGAAAGUACCGAUUGAAUUAGGAUUUUUAUAUCUUGUUAGGCUUCAUUUCUGUGAGCUAGACUACAGGAUGGCUGAUGGAGAGGCAAGGGAGUUCAGUGUUAUCAUAAAUAAUCAGAUUGCAGAAAAGAAUGCAGAUAUCUUUAGAUGGAGUGGUGAUGUAGGGAUCCCUGUGUUCAGGGACUAUGUGGUAUUAAUGGACCGAGAUAGAGAAGCCAGCAAGUCUGAUCUUAUAAUUUGCCUACAAUCAAUUGAUGAGUUAGCUUUUGGUCUCCUUAAUGGAAUGGAAAUCUUCAAGUUGAGUGACCCUGAAAGCAAUUUAGCAGCUCCAGAUGCUGUCUUUCCGAAAGGGUUCUCAACCUCUUGGAACCUUAAAAGUGAAUAUUCUUAUCUAGCUUUUGGCCAAAGUAAUGAUAUUGGGACGGCUAUGACACUCCUCAUUAUGUUGUUCAGCAUCAUAAUCUAUAACUUGAGGAAGAUUUCGGAAGAGAAUUGCCAUGAUGGAAAAAGUGCAGAAUCAACUACGGCUGAACUAUCUUGCCAUUGCUUCUCCCUUGCUGAGAUUAAAUUAGCUACACAAAACUUUAGCGAAGCGUUUGUCAUUGGAAAAGGUGGAUUUGGUAAAGUUUAUAAGGGUUUCCUUCCUGGGGUUCCAGAUAUGGUUGCUAUAAAAAGACUUAAUUUUUAUUCCAAGCAAGGAGCACGCGAGUUUUGGACUGAAAUUGAAACACUUACAAAGCUCCGGCACAUUCAGCUGGUCUCCUUGAUAGUUUUGUCGGGGAAACCUGCAUUGGAUGCUCAAAAUUUAACGGAACCAAGUCUUCUGUCUUGCUUCCAAGAAUGUGUGGCCAAUGAUGAUCUUAGUAGGAUAGUUGAUCCCAGAUUACAGGGGGAAAUUUCAUCAAGAAGCCUCAGAGACUUCGUGAAAAUUGUUGAAAAUUGCUUGCACCAGCUGCCAAAGAGACGACCUACAAUGGCUCAAGUUGUGUCAAGUCUGGAGCAGGCACUGGAGAAUCAUCAAAGCCAUAUGAGUUCUUCUCUGUUGUAUUCCAGAGUAGAGGAUGAAAAUAUGCAUUCAUUUCAUUUACAUACUCCAAAAACCAAGAGUUUGGAGAGGAGUGUCAUAUCUCCAGAAUCUCCACCUGCUGAAGAAAACUCAAGAAAACUAACUCAGAAUCUUGCCCCGAUGACUAGGGGAGAAGAUUUGCAUCAAAGAGGAAAAGAGACCACUAGACUUCGGAAAUCAUUAUUAGCCUGGCCGUGGAAAGCAGUUUGGAACCGAGACUCUACAAAGCGUGGUCCAUUGAAAAGUGGGAGGAAGGAUGAAAGUAAAUUACCCUCUGCCCAGGAAGUAGAACAUUUUCGUCAUAAUGUAGCUGCUAAUCCUCUGACUGUAUUCACCUUGGAAGAGCUAAGGGCCAUUUCCAAUGGCUUUAGACCAGAUCAGCGUCUAGGUGCAGGUGGAUUUGGGAGUGUGUUCAAGGGCUUCUUAUCCGAAGAUGUUAAGAGAGGGCUUCAGCCAAUGCCAGUAGCCAUUAAAAGACAUGAUGGCAACCAUAGUUUUCAAGGUCACAGAGAAUGGCUGGCUGAAGUCAUAUUCUUGGGCCAGCUUUCUCAUCCGAAUUUAGUGAAACUGAUUGGAUACUGUUGCGAAGAUGAGCACAGGCUGCUAGUUUAUGAGUAUAUGGCUGGGGGCAGUGUGGAAAAUGACCUUUUCUCAAGAGCCUUGCAUCCUCUUUCUUGGUCAAUUAGGAUGAAGAUUGCAUUUGACGCUGCAAAAGGACUGCAAUACCUGCAUGAACUCGAUAGGCCCGUCAUCUUCCGUGAUUUUAAAACAUCUAAUAUUCUCUUAGAUUUGAAUAUGUUGCAACAGGUCGUUUGA